GCACUUGGGCAUGAUCUCCCUGCUGGAGGUCCUGGAGAACGGCGAUGGCUUUGCGGCACGGCACCCCGCAGGCCUGUCGCGGGUCGUUGCGAACUUCGGCGCGGGCGACGGCAGCUGCCGCGUCGGGCACGGCUACGACCCGGCCAACUGCUUCUUCCACGUCGG